AUGUCCCCAGACAGAGACACAGGGGCUUCGUGGGAACAGAGACUACAGUCCGGAUCGCGUCUCCAGCCCCUCUCGUCUCUCCUCUGUGUGUUUUUCUGCGUGAAUGUGUCUCGCAGCGCGGCUUGGGCUUGUGCUCAGUACUGCCUCUCACUGGCGCACCAGGAAGUGAGCCCGGAGCCACCGACCGAGCCAGGGGCCUCCAGCACAACCAGCCCGGCUCUCGAUCAGGGGUGUGUGUGGGGUGUGUGUGUGUGGGUGUGUUUUUAA